AGAGAUUUCUCGAGCCUGAAUGAUGUGAGACUGCAAGUACGGACCACAGGAGACAAUUCACUCAUCUCUAUAUAUAUCCGUCGUUCUUCACAGCGAUCGUCUCCCACUCCGUCUUCUUCUUCCUCUCCUUUCACUUCUUCUUCUUCUUCUUCUUCUGCAAACGUCAGGAAAUUCGUCUGUUUCAGACAGAGAGCGAUAGAAGGAGAGAAGAUAGAGAGCCCCUUUAUACUUCUUGGCAUGAGAUACUUUUGAUUUCUAUUUCAGGUUGUCUGUUAUCUAAGAACACUUUAAUGAUUCAUUGGAGUUCACAUAACAACCGUUGGAUUUUAAAGGAUGCUGCUGGAGUUGCAGGGAACAUCUUUGCCCUUGGCCUGUUUGUGUCCCCCAUACCGACGUUCCAACGAAUCAUGAGAAACCGUUCUACAGAACAUUUCUCUGGAUUGCCAUACAUUUACGCCCUCUUGAACUGCUUGAUCACCAUGUGGUAUGGCAUGCCUGCUGUAUCGAGCAAUAACGUAUUGGUCAUGACAGUCAAUGCAAUGGGUGCGGCUUUCCAGUUGGUGUACAUAAUUCUCUUUACCGCGUGUGCUGAUAAAGCAAAGAAGGUGAGAAUGCUUGGAUUACUAGCGGGGGAUAUCAUUUUGUUCGCAAUAAUUGUUGCGGGGAGCUUGCAGAUUCUUAACUGCCACUUGCGGCAGAUAGUUGUUGGGGUGAUAAGUGGCUUCGCUCUGAUAUCAAUGUUCGCUUCUCCAUUAUUUAUCAUUAACUUGGUGAUACGGACUCGAAGCGUUGAGUUUAUGCCAUUUUAUCUCUCCCUCUCAACGUUCCUAAUGAGUACAUCUUUCCUCAUGUACGGCAUUCUUAAUGGCGACAUCUUCGUCUUUCUUCCAAAUGGUAUCGGAACUCUCUUGGGGAUGACACAAUUGCUCUUGUACUGUUACUACAAGAGCAGCGGCUCUGAGAGCUCGAGGGAACCCUUGAUAGAGUCGUAUUCAUGAGCAUAAAGGAGUUGGAAAGGCGAAACCUGAAAUUCGGAGACUUCUUGUUUGUUCAUAUCAUUUUGUUAUGCUAGGCUGGGUUAUUCUGAAUUGCUUGGCCAUAGAUUUCGAGCCCGGAUCACUCUCAUUCGUAAGAAGCCGGCUAUAUUAUUUCUGGUGCCCGUGUGUAUAUCAUGUCCCCCUGUACAAGGCAGAUGCUGCAUCAUUUCUUCUGGAAUAAUAAAAUGUUAUCAAGUGCCUUCAAGGUCGAUAUCUUGGUUUCUGCUCCA